AUGCUCUCUGGUUAUGGUACUUUGGCAUUACUGGUUUAUAUGGUUGCCUUGCUAAUAUCUCUUGCUGUUGGUGAAGCAAUAUCUGUAGGGAGGUCUGUGUACUGCUUUUCUUUCUCCACUGGCUUUUUAAUAGUAUCAUGUAGUUCUUAUAUAAUUCCUUCUUUUGCAAACUUUCCUGCUGUCGUUCUCAGGUCUCCUACAUAUUUCCGCUUACCAGCCCUAAUGUUCUUCACUAGUUUGAAUAAAGCUAAAACAACGAUUGAGGCAGAAUAUGAAUUCAUUAUAUUUUGUGGUUUAGCAUCAGCUGCUUACAACCAUAUAUGUAGUAAAAGUUGGCAUUAA